UUUAUGCCGAGUAGCAGAUUAAUACCUAAGUCCUAUUUUUGGCGGUAUAAAUACCUUCCGUCACUACUCUGGAACUUCCGUAGGUACCUCUCCGUUUUUUGCAUUGUAAUGUGCCAGGUGUCGUGCCAUGUCAUUAAAAUUUAUGCCACAUCAAAAUAAAAAUACCCUCUUAAAAUAAAACCCUAAGAUUAAUUAAACCCUCUUAAAAUCAAAAUAAAAAUACUUAGAAAAAAACCAGAAAAAUAAAAAAUAAAUAAAUAGUUUAUAUAACUCAAACCUAAAUAAUCUGAGGCUAAACUUUUCCACUUUUCCACCAUUGUUGUAAGCUCGAAGGUGACAGUGAGGCAAUGGGACGGUGGUUUUGCGAUUGUAAACCACCAUUGGAAGUUGUGAUUCGCACCUCUAAGACGAUGAAGAAUCCUGGGAGAAGGUUCAAGUGCUGCCCAAUCCAUAAGAGGAAUGGUGGGUGCGAUUUUUUCGAGUGGGUUGACAGGGAGAUGUUUCGAAAUUGUGGAGGUGGAUGUUGUAUCCAUGGAGAUUGGAGUGGGCAUGAAGUUUCGAUGGGGUACUGUUCUGUGCAUCAACAAAGAACAGCCCCUUGCAGCCAUGGAGUUUGUACAAAUGGAGAUGUUCCUACUCAUUGUAGUAGUCAUCACAGUCAUGCACCUUUGGAAGAUUAUAAUGAAAGCACAUCUGCAUUUGAAAGGGGAAAAUAUAAUUAUUGGAUUUGGUUUUUAGGUUGUGUAGUUAUAGUUGUACUCUAUGUAAUGUUGUUCUGAAAUGAAGAAGGUUAAGAAUUGUACUAGAAACCUUUAAUGUAUGAAUGAAUGACUCUUUUAUGUAUGAAUGAAUUACUCUUUUUUAUUAAGUGAUAUUGCAUGAAUUGUGUGGGUUUUGAUUUAUAUUUAGUAUUUUACAAAGGGAAAUAAUCAAAAGAUACAACCAUUAGGUUUGCAUCAUCAGAUACAAAGUGUGGACAAAAGACAUAAAUCCCUUCAGAAUUGAUAUCCUUAUCCAAAUACACAAAGUUUCAAAAAGACCUAAUACUUGUGCUUUUUAAACAAAAUACAUAACAUAGUUUAAUGGCAUCAAAAGGGUGGACACAAAAUGACAUCAAGUCCACCAAAUUGCCACACAUUAAAUUAGG